GGGGAAGUCCGGUCAUUUUUCAAAAUUUGUGUGUUGAAUAAACACCAUCGUGUUAUUAAUUUCUGCAAAAUCUUUUUUAAAAAUUCGUAUUACAAAUGAUAUAAAUGUCUAUCAAAGUUUAGGAUUGUUACUGUUUUUUUUCAAACGACGCCAUCUUUUUGUUGUUAUCAUCGAGGUCUGGGCUCUAAUGUUUAUCGUGACGUAUUUUAUGACAACAGCUUUCUGCACGCCGGAAUACUUCAGUUGUCGAUUACACCACUUCAAACAAGUCAUAAAUGUACCAUUGAUUUUACUGUUAUCAUGGUUACUUGUGGUGCUUUAAAUUGUGGUAACUCUUCCACCAAAAAAUCGGUAGCUGAUGUAAAAGGGUGGCAUAACGUUCCCACCGAAAAAGAAAAUAAACAACGUCGUAAGAAAUGGCUAGCAGCUAUGAAGCGAGAUCCACCAUAUCCAGCAGACACGAAUUUCGUUCUUUGUGGUAUGCAUUUCACGUCCGAAUGUUUUCAACGCGAUCUCAAGGCGGAGCUCUGUGGCUCUGUGAGAAAGUUUAUAUUAUUACCAAACGCUAUUCCAUCGGUAUUUUCAUUCUCGAAACCGCUACCUGCAAAGCGUUCUGCAUCCAUUGCAAGAAACGAAAGAAAAACAAAACGCCAGGUAACCCAGCAGGCCAAUCGUGGUUAAACAUAUUUUUACACGUUUUUUAUAAGAACAUUUAAAUUUUACCUCAGUCUGGUUGUUCUUUUUUUUUACACUUUUUCAGCCUCGAAUGUCUUUUUUAUGUGCUCUUCCAAAAAAAUGAUCAGAUUUAAAAAUCUUGGAGUUGGAAAAAAUAUUUGUUCUUUUAAGGAAUAAAAAAUUUCUUAAUGUGUUCAUAACUUUAGAUUGUGGAUGAAGCUUGUACGGCGGAAGAAAACUCAGGUGGCCCGGAAGCACCUUCCCUAGAACUUGAGCCCCUUUUUAAGGAUGCUAUUACGCAAACUGUUGAUGUCGUCAUGAUCAACAAAGAAGUUAGCUGUGCUACACCAAUGCGAACAAAGAGCACUAUGGUUCCUGCUGUGUUAUGCAAAUCAAUGUCUACUCAGAUGAGUCCAACUUUGUCUUCGACGAACACGCAAACUGUUAUAUUAACUCAAUAUGCUAGCGUUUCCACAGUCAACCUUAUUGCGAAAGAGGGAGAUGAAAUUGGAGAUUGCUCUUCAUUUUGCGCAAGUGAAGUAGAAGAUCGCGCUGAUCCGGAUGCAUCUUUCAAUGUCAGUAGCGAUGUUGAUACGGUCGAUAGUAGUGCCGAUACGGCUGAUAGUGAUGUUAAUGAGCAAGAUGUCGAUGUUAGGGAAGGUACGCAGUCGAUUGCACCUUCAACAAUGUUUCUAGUGUACUUUGAAAUGCUUAAGUCGCUCUUCAAAUUCUGCUUUGAAUGCGGUGAGAAAGCUACUAUCAAAAAACAUAUAACUAAGGGUAGUAUGCUUAUUGUGAAAUUGGUUUGCGCCGGUAACCACGAAGUGACUUGGAGAUCACAACCUUACUUAAAUCGAAUUGCGGAAGGAACGGUAAGGCUGUCUGCUGGAAUAUUGUUCAACGGAUUAACAUUUCAAGGUGUGAAAGAAGCAUUUGAAACUGCCAAUGUUAACUUUAUAAGUAGGUCGCAGUUCCAUGAACUUCAGCGAAGAUUUUUAUUCCCAGCCAUAAAUAGCAUUUUUACGCAUUAUCAGGAAGCCACACUUGUUAGACUCGUUGCGCUUGAGGGUGUCGAUUUAAUUGGAGAUGGUCGCUGUGACUCACCUGGAUUUAGUGCUAAAUAUGGUACAUACAGCCUCAUGGACGCCAUGACAAAUGAGGUGGUGAACUUUUUUAUUUCACACGUUCGUUUAGCAGGAAACUCGGCACGCAUGGAAAAACAUGGACUUGCUGAGUGCUUGGAAUUUAUCGACGAAGCUGGCGUAAUAGUGGACACACUAGUUACCGACAGACAUAGCCAGAUACGAAAGUUUAUGCGCACCGAACAUGAACAUAUAUCGCACCAGUUUGAUGUGUGGCACAUGACAAAAAAUAUCAAAAAAAAGAUUUUGAAAGUUGCAAAAAAAAAGAGCUGUCGUGACUUGAAUGACUGGAUGAAGUCUAUCAUAAACCACUUCUGGUGGGCUUGUUCGACUUGCGAAGGAGAUCCAAUAUUAUUGAAGGAAAAGUGGCAGAGUUUACUCUGUCAUAUCCGUGGGGUACAUUAUUGGGUAAAUAAUACGCUAUAUCAUAAAUGUGCUCAUGAAGAACUUACCCUGCUACAACAAGCUCAGAAGAAGUGGUUAACUGAAGAAAGCCCUGCUUACAUCGCCCUGGAGAAAAUUGUUAAUGAAAAACAGCUACUAAACGAUUUAAAACACGUAGCUGAUUUCAAGCACACUGGACAGCUCGAGGUUUACCAUUCCCUGUUGAAUAAGUACUGUCCCAAACGCUUAGCAUUCUCGUACGCUGGGAUGGUUGCUAGGACGCAACUAGCUGUGCUUGACCACAACUCGGGUGUAGAACGACAACAAGCCACUACAUCCGAUGGGAGGUUGAAGUUCAAAGUUUCUUUCACCAAAAUUACGAAGGAGUGGGUGGCAAAAAAAGUAAUGGAUCCGAAAGAAAAGAAAUACCAAGAGGACUUGAUGAAGGAAGUGUUUGAUUUGGUUCAAAAAAUCAAAGCUCCUAUAUUUUUUAAGUUGCCUGAAACACCCAGAAAUAUUGCAUUAAAAAUAAACCCUGGGAAGGAAGUUGUUGUCUCGAAUAUGCGUUCAAGAUUUACCUAAAAGUAACCCCCAGGUUUAUAAAUGAUAUUUAGCAUUACAUCAAGAAACGCUUAUUUUACAAUUCCGGGGGACAUUUGUUAUAUUUUAAAAACAUAUAUUGUAAAAAUUUCAUUCAUCAUCUUUACAAUUAUACAUGUUCUUAUACA